AUGCGACUCUCCAGUAUCGCAAUACAAGGCUUCUUUACCACCGCUGUCCAUGCCCACGGCCGAAUAACCCAAAUCACGACAUCUAGCGGAGAGAUACACGAAGGCUGGGAUCCCGCUUCCUCGGACGAUCUUAUACCUCCGCUUCCACUUGCGGCAUGGUCCGCAUCAAAUCUCGGCAACAUAUACGUCCCACCCUCGCAGUUCAACAACUCCAACAUCGCCUGUCACUACAACGCUAUACCAGGCGCUCUCCAUGUCAACACCACCGCCGGUGACGAGCUGAAGCUACAAUGGAACGAGUGGCCAGUAUCGCACGUCGGUCCCGUCAUGACGUACCUGGCGGACUGCGAGGGUAGCUGCACGAGCAGGACAAGUGAAGAUCUGGCAUGGGUGAAGAUCGAUGAGCUUGGAUGGCUGAACAGCACAGGCUGGGAUACAUUGGAUCUCGGUGGCACGUGGGCAGCGGAUGUGCUCAUUGCGAAUGAGUAUUCUUGGAUGGUCGAGAUACCGGAAAGACUCGCGGAGGGGUACUAUGUGUUGCGACAUGAGAUCAUCGCGUUGCAUGUUGCGGAGAACCUAGAUGGCGCCCAGGCAUAUCCACAGUGUGUCAACUUGCGCGUUGCACGGAAGUCGAGUGAAGAGGGGAAGAAGCUAGUUGGUGGUAUUCUGGGAAAAGAGUUAUAUGGCAUGAAGGAUGAAGGUAUACUAGUAGACGUACAUCGGAAGCUUGCUGGGUACAGGAUUCCGGGGCCGAAGCUAUGGGAAGAUGCGACACGUGUACGCCAGCCUAAUCAAUGA